GUCUCACGAGAUUGUGUUAGAUUUUGACUUUUCGUUCUCUCAUGGCGUGAGCCGGUGCAACCUUUUGGGAGUGUCUAAAAUCCCCAAAUAACAGUAGUUACCGUGUUCUGUGGCGGUUUGCUAGCGUCCGUUCGUCUGGAAAUUCAGUUUAUCGACACUCAUUUGUAGAGCUGAGCAGAUCCGUGCCCACAUUAGAGUCCCAGGUUGCUAAUUUACAAGAUUCAUUUAUUUUGAAAAGGAAACGUGGGGAUUAGAUUUUCAAAGCAGUAAUUAGUAUAUUUUUAGCUUGGUGUAAAUGAGUGUACCUAGUGAAGAUUGCGUUAUGGAAAAGGCUUAUUGAACGGGGGUGCGCUGAAGUCAGUUUUAAGUUUAUGAGUGGCGAGGAUUUAUAUUGCUCUCUUUUCCUGCUGGUGUUUUCACCCGCCAAAAGUCCUUUAUGAUGUCACCACUCGUACGUGGUUUUUUCACUUUGAUCUUCGUUCCUCUACCCUCUUUCUCUAAAGGCUUCUUUUUUUUUUUUAACCCCUUGAAGUUUUCAGAUGUUAUCAUGAAAGGAAAGAUCCAGUUUCUGACUUUGAAUUCAGAAGAUCAUCAACUAUAUCCUUAUUCAGAUAUUUAGCUCUGAAACAUUUUUGUUGGAGAAAUGUCUUCAGAGUCAGAAAAGGAUAAAGAGAGGCUGGUUCAAGCUGCCAAAAUGUUCUUCUUUCAAAUGCAAGAUAUUUCCUUCUUUACAAAAACUCUUACUGAUUUGUUUAACAGCAGUAUGAAUACUCAGAUUAUCUUGAAAGCUGUGAAAGAAGAUGGUUAUGUUAAGGAUGUCUUUGAACAAAUGCUCAUCAUUUUCAAGGAGAUGCAAUUUAUAGUGAAUGCAAAGUAUGGCAAAAAACAAAAUGAACCUUUAUUUUCCCAGAUGGCAACAGCUAUGUGCUCUGUGGUUGAAAAGAGUACCAGUGUAAAGGAGUUGCAACAGUCAGCUAAGCAAAUUUUCAGAAAUGUCCGUGCCCCGGUCAUUGUCUCUGUGCUGAAUAGUGGUAACAUCCUGGCGUGUUUGGAAUCUUCUCUUUCACUUUUGAUGAAAUAUCCUAUUAUGAACCUUCAAUUAAGUGACUUUUACAGAAAAGACAGCAAAGAGCAAUCAGAUGCUUCCACAUCUGAGAAAAGCUCAAGUCUUGUUUUAUCUAAAACCAUUACAGUAGACACCUUGAAGUUACAGGAUACACUCAAAACUGAGAAUGCCAAGAAUAUCAUUGAGUCAGCUGCAGAUCACUUGGAGCAAAUUGUCAAGACUAUGAGGCCAAUCUUAGAGAUCCUCCAGAAGACACUAAAAGGAUUGCGUCCCAGGAUGUUGCAACCCAUGGGGGGAUUCACAUGGAAAUGAAGGGGAGAAGGACCAAGAAAAAAGUUCUGGGGACAGAGUAUUUCUGUGAAAUGGCUGGAAGUCCUCACCAGAUGCUAGUGGGAAUGGCAGUUAGAGUAGCCCUUUGAUGUGGUGGUGCCCACUUCAAUAAAGAUGCGCUGUCUUCAAAUGCUCUCACUCGAGAGGUGGACCAUUACUUGAAGGCCUCUCCCAGA